AUGCUGGCCGCCUACCGCUCCGCCGCCGCCCAGCAGCUUCACGACGACGCCGCCAGCACGACGGCGAUGACGAUGCAUCAGCUGGUGCCGCCGCCGCCGCCGCCUCCAGCCGCCGCCGUCGCUCCCGGCGGCGCCUCCUCGUUCCAGCCGUACCAUCAUCUCACGAACCGCUGUUUCGAGGAGACGGACCACCACCACCACCGGGGCGUCGUGCACUACUACGACAGCCUCCUGCCGUACAGCAGUACACCGACGAGCCCGCCGGCGCCGACGCCGUCGCUGUACGCGCACGACGUCAGGGACUCGUCGGGACACAGGCUGCUGGGGCAGCCGCCGCCGCCGCCACAGCAACACUACUGGAUGAUGAGCAGCAGGAGCGACGGGGCCAGCGCCGAGGAGCUCGAUUUGGAGCUCAGGUUGUAG